UUGGUUGAGGUCGUGUCUUUGUCAACGGACAGGAACUACAGCUAAGGAGGCAGGUGCGAAGUCGUUGCUCCUCUCUUUAUACAGCAUUUCGUGAGGAUCUGGCAUCCUAAACGUCCUGAAAUGUCGUCACCCAGUGCAGGAAAGCGUCGUAUGGACACCGAUAUCAUAAAAUUGAUAGAGAAGAAAUAUGAGGUCACGAUGCUUGCCGGCCUCAACGAGUUCUGUGUCAAAUUUUAUGGACCAAAGCAAACUCCAUACGAGGGCGGCGUGUGGAAAGUGCGGGUGCUGUUGCCCGACCACUACCCCUUCAAGUCCCCCUCCAUUGGCUUCAUCAACAAAGUUUUCCACCCAAACAUUGAUGAAGUCUCGGGCACCGUGUGCCUUGAUGUCAUCAACCAGGCCUGGACCGCUUUAUAUGACGACACGAGCAGCGAGUCCUCCCUCACCGACUUCUCUGAAGACGAGGCGCAGGACAUGGAGCUGUAGGGCGGCGCCCUGCGUGAGGGCCGUCUGUAGGGCGGCGCCCUUUGUGGGAGCCUUCUUUAGGGCGACGCCCUUCGUGCAAGCCUCUUGUAGGGCGACGCCCUUUGUGGGGGCCUUCUGUAGGGCGGCGCCCUUUGUGAGAGCCUUCUUUAGGGCGGCACUCUUUGUGGGGGCCGUCUGUAGGGUGACGCCCUUUGUGCAAACCUCUUGUAGGGCGACGCCCUGCGUGAGGACCUUCUUUUAUAAGAACACUGCGUGAAUGACGCCCUUUGUGUACGAUCUAAUGUGUGUGGUGCCCUCUGUGUAGGUCUUGUUUUGCUUGACGCCCUCUGUGUAUUGACCGUCUGCGGGUGGCGCCCUUUGUACAUGAAAUUAUUAUGUGUGGCGUCUGGUGUGUGGGCAGCGCCCUUUGUUGCAGCGCCCUUUGUGUAGGGACAUGUUCUGGGUGGCGCCCCUGGAUAGACACCUGUUGUAUGCAGCGCCCUUUGAAUGUGACCCAUUGUGAUCAGCGCCCUUUGCUUAGGACUUGUUUGGCUGCGCCUAUCUUGUGUGGCGCCCUUUGUGUGUGUGCCUGUCGUGAGACGGCGCCCUUUGUGUGUGUGCCUAUCGUGGGGCGGCGCCCUUUGUGUGUGUGCCUGUCGUGAGGCGGCGCCCUUUGUGUGUGUGCCUGUCGUGAGGCGGCGCCCUUUGUGUGUGUGCCUAUCGUGAGACGGCGCCCUUUGUGUGUGUGCCUAUCGUGGGGCGGCGCCCUUUGUGUGUGUGCCUAUCGUGAGGCGGCGCCCUUCGUGUGUGUGCCUGUCGUGAGGCGGCGCCCUUCGUGUGUGUGCCUAUCGUGAGGCGGCGCCCUUCGUGUGUGUGCCUGUCGUGAGGCGGCGCCCUUCGUGUGUGUGCCUAUCGUGAGGCGGCGCCCUUUGUGUGUUCCUAUCGUGAGGCGGCGCCCUUUGUGUGUGUGCCUACCGUGGGGUGGCGCCCUUUGUGUGAGGACUUUUCCUAAGACAGCGCCCUUUUUUGACGAGUUAAAUAAUGCUAUUUUUCCCUUUACUUCACGACGGACGAAGUUCUUGCAAUGCUAUUCCUACCUAAGAUUCAUUUCAUGAAGGUUUAUGUUGUAUGGGAAACUAUAUUAAUCAUAAAGCUGUUAGUAUUCACAAUGAUAUUCUUACCUGAGGAAAAUUAAACCUUUCCUAAUAGUGAUACACAUUUUGUAGGUGCAUUUUGUGAGU